AUGUCAGAGAGAGUUUCAUGUUCUGAUAAAAUGAAAGGAAAAGUUGGUGAAGAGGUCACUUCAGAGUCUGCAGGUUCAGAUGGUCUUUCGCUUGACUUAAGGCUUUUCAACAACAGUCAAACUGAUCGUCCUGCAUUGAAUCUUGAACUCAACUUGCUCGGUUGCCUAGAUGGAGGCUCCAAGGACGUGUUGGAGUCUUUUGAUCAUAAGAAUGAUGCGAAUAAGACGGAGAAGACGAGAUUCUUUGUUUGCAAAUACUGCGACAAGAAGUUCUCGAACUCUCAGGCAUUAGGGGGGCACCAAAAUGCUCACAAAAAAGAACGGGCAGCAAUGAAAAGAGAGAAGGGACUCGAGAAUCUGGUCACUUUUGAUCAAAACCCGGCUAGCCUUUACCCAUAUUCACCACCAAGUUUCUCUAAUCAAUACGGAUCGUUUGGGAGAUCUCUUGGUGUUCACACCAACUCUUUUAUCCAUAAACCGUAUCAUGCAUUUUCUCAAUCUCGAUGGUCUUGGUCAGAAUUCGCCAUGCAAAGGGCAGGUGAUUAUCUGGUUCCUCCAGAUGGUAGAGGAUUUGAAGUUCAACGGAAGAACCCAUUUGGUAUGUUUGAAAGUUCUUUUAAUGGGAAUGGGAUGUUAAGAAACUCUUGUUUGAAUGGAAGAUCUUUAGCUGAAAAUUCAGAGGCUGGAACUAGCAAAUUGGGUGGCUCUGGAGGGCUUAAUAAGUAUCAGUAA